AUGGCCAGCAGCAGCGCCAGCAGCGAUGAAUUCCCCUGGCAGCUGGGCGUCUUUGACGCGCACUGCCAUCCUACCGACACCAUGUCGGCCAUCGCCGCCAUCCCGCACAUGAAGGCCGCCGCCCUCACCAUCAUGGCCUCCCGCGGCGAAGACCAGCAUCUCGUCGAGGAGGUUGCGUCCAAACUGGGCAGGAAAUCACAAUCGCACGAUGUGCAAGACCAGAAGCAAGACGCUGCUGUUGCUGCCGCCGCCGCGCGGGUCGUGCCCUGCUUCGGCUGGCAUCCGUGGUUUGCGCAUCAGAUCUACGAUGAUCUCUCCUCGCCUGCCACCACCACCAACACUCCGCCGUCCAAGAUCGCUCACUACCGGAGUGUCCUCACGGGGUCGACGGCCGACGACGACGCUUUCUUCCUCGCGUUGCCAGACCCGAAGCCGCUGUCGACGCUGCUCGCCGAGACGCGCGCCCGCCUGCUCGCGCACCCGGACGCUCUCGUCGGCGAGAUCGGGCUCGACAAGGCCUUUCGCUUGCCCAAUGUCUGGCAGCCGCACGAGCUCGAGGCACGCGACCCCAGCAUUACGCCUGGCGCGCGCGAAGGCCGCUCGCUGUCCGUCUACCGCGUGGCCAUGAGCCAUCAGAGGGCGCUGCUGAAGGCGCAGCUGCAGCUCGCGGGCGAGCUGCGCCGGCCGGUCUCCAUCCACAGCGUCCAGACUCACGGCGCCGUGUUUGACCUGCUGCAGGAGCUCUGGCGCGGGCAUGAGAUGCCAUCCCGACGCGAGAGGAAACGUCGCCGCGCUGAAGCAGCUCGACAAGCAGAAGAAGAAGAAGAGAAAGACGAGCAAAAGUCAAAAGAAUCAUCACCUCUCCCCUUUCCACCGCGCAUCUGCCUGCACUCCUACACCGGCCCCCUGGAACCCCUGAAACGGUGGCUCCACCAAACAGUACCCUCGGACGUCUACUUCUCCUUCUCAGUCGUCAUCAACUUCACAUCCUACCACCCGUUCGACAAGGUGGCGGAGGUGAUCCGGGCGCUGCCGGACGACCGCAUCCUCAUCGAGAGCGAUUUCCACUGCGCCGGGGAGCAGAUGGAUGCUCUGCUCGAGGAGGUGGCCCGCACGGUCUGCAAGGUGCGAGGGUGGACGCUCGAGCAGGGUGUCAAGCAGCUGGCGGAGAACUGGAGGCGUCUCUUGUUCAGUGAGCAUUCUGCAGCAUGGGCCCUUGCAGUGAUGAUACUGUACUGCUCGAAAGAGAACAUGACGCAAGAAAAAGAGUUGGUGAAGUUUAUUAUUCCUCGCCUGUGUGGCAAUUUCAGAGGAGGAAGCAAAAUGGGGAUUAUUGUUGAUGAUGCUGAUAUCUCCAUGAAGCUAUAA